GCAUAUUACAGAUAUACUUGCCGCUGUCAUCAGCAACUCACGCUGCCAAGUGACUUACAUCCUGCCAUAUAAAUUUCACAUUAUCAAAGGGCGUACGAUACCAUCACUUGAGGUCUGUAGAGGGGCCAGUAGAUGGAGAGGAAUAUUUGGCGAGAAUUACGGCCGAUUAUCGGCGCAACCUCGGCGAUGUCUUCGGCCAAACCUCUUGGUCCUCUUUUUUUACGGUGGAUAGGGGUUAAUUUUGACCUUCGGAGAAAAAUAUCGUGGAUUCUAUAGAAUAUAUUUUAUUGAAUUGGAAUUGAAAAAGAAUUUUACUUUUUCAAUAUUUUGCCGGACAUCCCAGGUAGGAAAUGCCAAUGUCCACGAAACGGGCCAGGUCUGGCACGAGACUGGCUUGCCAGAUCUGGGCCACCAAGCUUGGCCCGAGGCAUGGCCAGACCGGCAAAGAGCAUGGCUUGCCAGGCUUGGGUCACUAAGCUUGGCCCGUGGUAUGGCCAGACUGGCAAAGAGCACGGUUUGCCGGGCUUGGGCAACCACGCUUGACCCGAGGUAUGGCCAGACUGGUAAAGAGCAUGGCUUGCCAGGCUUGGGUCACCAAGCUUGCCCCGAGACAUGGCCAGGCAGACAAGGGGCAUGGUUUGCCAGGCUUGGGUCCCAUAUGGAACAGCAUUCCAAAAAUUGAAUUCUCAUGGGGAAUGUUUUUGCAAACUCCCCAUUGCAGACACCUAACAACCAUGAGAGGAGUUCAUGAGAUUCCAGGUGAAUUCAUUUAUUUGGGAAUCGCCUCGGGACUCAGAAAAAUAAUUUCAACUCAAAUUUAUCGAGAAAACGACAUUUCUCUUCUGGUUCAUAUUGACGGUAUGCAGGUAUACCGGAAUGCUAAGAAGGAAAUUUGGCCAAUUUCAAUAAAAAUACAGCAUCCAAAUUACACUACCAAACCCUUUGCUGCCGCGAUUUAUUGUGGGGAUGGGAAACCAUUAUCAGCCACAGAAUUCAUGACUGAUUUUGUUGAAGAGGCCAAUGAACUCCAAGAAAAUGGUUUGCGCAUUGAUGACAAGGUUUUUGAGGUGAAAAUUGUAGCAAUAGUGGCUGAUUCGCCAGCUCGAGCAUUCAUUUGCUGCCACAAAGCUCCUGGAGCCUUCUAUGCCUGUGGAAGGUGUUUCACCAAGGGCAUUACAGUAGGUUGUGGAAGACGAGGAAAACGCAUAUAUCCAGUGACCAAUGCAAAUUUACGCACUAAAGUAUCCUACGAGACGCGAGUUCAACCAGAACAUCAUUAUGAAGGUUCUGUGUCCCCGCUGCUCUCUUUGGAUAGAUUCGAUCUGACAAAACAAGUGCCAUUAGAUUUAAUGCAUUUAUUCUAUUCUGGUAAUAUGAAAUGGCUGCUGGAUAAAUGGCUAACGAGAAGUUCAGCCCAGAGGAUCAAAUUAGCUGAUGUUCGUCGGCUUGAUGGUAUUAUGAGGUCAUUAAAAGCCGAUAUCCCUAUUGAAUUUCAAAGGAAAGAAUUUGAUGUGAAUAAUAUCUCAAGAUGGAAAGCAUCACAAUUCAAGUUUUUCCUUAAUUAUUGUGGUAUCGUCGUGUUACAAGAUUUCUUACCGAAACCUUUACGUUGUCAUUUCUCAUUAUUUGUCUUUGCUAGCAGAAUUUUAAACAGUAAGGAAUUCGUUAAGGAUUUGAGUGAAUAUGCUGGAUCUCUGCUAAAAAUUUGUUUCGAGACGUUACCUGAUGUUUAUAAUGAUGAAGGGGCUCAAGUUCUCAGUUGGCAUAGUAUCAUCCACGUUGCUAAUGAUGCCCAAUACUUUAAAAUUCCUCUGAAUGAGCUCUCAGCGUUUUGGGGAGAGAGUUACAUUGGUUUAUUUAAAAAACUCGUUCAUUCUUCGAUAAAACCACUCACACAAAUUAUCAACAGACUAACUGAGAUGGAGUCUGGAGGAACCAUGGUAAUUAAUCAGAAACACAUACUGAGUGAUUGGGUUAUCGCGAGAAAGCCUACAACGAUGAUAAUUGAUGGGGAAAUUCAUUUAACAUCAAAUAUGAUCAACAUCAAUGGUCUAACCUUGACGACAAGUCAUCCAAAUAACGUGGUACUCCUAGAUAUUGAGAAAGUUUUCGUAAUUUCACAAAUUCUCGUUAAAUCAGGAAAAUCCAAAAUUUGUGAUGAUCUUACUGGUAUAUAUAUUUUCGGACACCAGGAAAGUAGUAGGGAAGAGGCGUUUAGUUAUCCAGACUUUUCCAGUCGAGUAGGAAUAUUCUACAUUAAGUCCUGGGCAGCUGAAAUGACAUGUAAGAAGGCACACAAAAUUAAACACAAAUGUGCUUUAUUAAAUGUAACUGGACGACAAUACGCCAUAUCCCUCCUCCACUAGAAAAUAACGUAAAAAUUGUUCGCAUUGUGAAAUGCAGUUUUUUUUUGGUAAGAGGGUAUAUGAAUGAGGGUAUAUGUUUUAGUUGAACUCGUGAUUAAAAUUGUGGAAGAAACAAACAAUUUUAUGUUUUAAAUCAACAAUCGACAUGAAAAUCCGAUCAUCGAGGUCGUUAGAAAAUUUCAAUAGUGGAGUCGUUACAUGCAAGUGGGACAUAAAUCGGUUAGAUCUGGCGUCCGUGUACAUAACCUUUCAUAAUUGCUCGUAUCAUCCGUUUAUCGGGCUUUUUGUCUCAAAUUCGGAUUUCACCAACUAAGUUGACGGUAAAUUACAAGAAGUGAGAAUUUAAUGUGAAUUAAAUGUGUGUUAAGUGUUUGACAGAUAUUUGUGAUAUAAUCGUUUUGAAGGAAUAGUGGCGCUAAAAAAGAAGCAUCAGUGGGGUGAUGACAAAAAACCGUUCAAAACACAUGGAAAUAGAAACGCAAUUUUUUCUGUUAAAUAAUAAGCUAUAUGCAUCAUUCUGCAAAGUUAUCAGUUUAUAUGAAACUACUCGAAAACACCAGGUUCAAUUGUA